AUGCAAAACAAACUUUUUGACAUUAUAACGCUUAACGAAACUAGACUAGAUAGUAGCGUACUAAACGGUGAAAUUGAAAUUCCUGGUUAUGAUAUUGUUAGGCGUGAUCGAAAGAGAAGCGGAGGAGGUGUUGCAAUGUAUAUUAGAAGCAACAUACCAUACACCAUUCGCAAAGACCUCUUCCCUGAUAAUUUAGAGUUGAUUUGCGUAGAAAUUAAAAAAUUUAAAAGUAAACCUCAGUUAAUUACAACAUGGUACAGACCACCAAAUUCCAGCGUUGAGCUGUUUAGCGAAUUUGAAAAUUUUUUAAAACUACUUGAGGACGAAAAUAAAGAAAUUAUCAUAACCGGAGAUCUCAAUUGUAACAUUCUUGAGCAGAACAAAAGUUUGCCUACUUCUAAACUAGUUGAUCUGAUUGACAUUUAUCAAUUACAGCAACACAUACAGUGUCCCACGAGAAUUACUAGUACAACAGCAUCACUACUGGAUGUUAUCCUCACUUAUUAUGGUGAUGAUAAAAUAUUAGAUACAGGAGUAAUACACCUUGGUAUCAGUGAUCAUAGUCUUGUUUAUCUGUGUCGAAAGCUCAGCAUUCCUAAGGCGCCACCAAAAACUGUCUUUACUAGGCAUUAUAAAAAUUAUAAUGUUAACCAGUUUAACAACGAUCUAAGUGAGGUUUUUAGUUUGCCCUUGGAUUCAGCUAUUUUAACUGACCCAAAUGCCUUAUGGAACGAUUUUAAAAAUAAGUUUUUGAGCGUCGCAGAUAAACAUGCACCAAUCAGACAACGUCGUGUCAAGAGUGAAUAUAAACCGUGGCUGACAAAUGAAAUUAAGCAAAUGAGCUAUCGUAGGGAUUACCUUAAAAAGCAAUCGAUUAAAUUAAGAUCUGCGUAUUAUGAUAAGGCUUACAAGAGAUGUAAAAACAAGUUAAAUAAUCUCAUAAAAGAAACUAAACAAGAAUACUUUAGAGAUAAACUAAGCAAUGCUAAAAAUAGCAAAGAAAGUUGGCGAACUAUUAACAAAUUAUUAAACAAAAAGCCUAAAACUUCAGAGGUUAAAGAACUAGAUAUAAAUGGCCAACUUAUUACUGACGAUGAUAAAAUUGCAGAUGCCUUCAAUCAAUAUUUUUCCACAAUUGGCAGUACGUUGUCUGACAAGAUCACAGGUAACUGCACUGAUCCAAUGAACUUUGUGACUCCUCUUGAUGGUAGUAUAUUCAACUUUACAAGCAUUACACUCCAAGAAACAAUAGAUGCACUCAAUGAAAUUAAAACUAAGAAAUCUCCAAGGCUUGAUGGUAUUAGUAUAAGGUUACUAAAAGAUGCAUCUAACAUUGUGGCAGGACCACUAGUGAACAUAUUCAAUGUAUCCCUUCAAAGAGCAAUUUUCCCUAAUGAUUGGAAAUUAGCAAAGGUGACCCCCAUAUUUAAAGAAGGAAAUAAGGCAGACUGUGAAAAUUAUAGGCCAAUAUCUGUUAUUUCAGCUGUAGCUAAACUUUUCGAAAAACUGGUAUACCUGCAGCUAGGUUCAUUCUUGAGGUUGAAUGGCAUUCUUGUGGAACAGCAGUCUGGCUUCCGUCAUCAACAUUCUACUGAAACUGCACUGCUUAGUUCUACAAAUGAAUGGUUGUUCAAUAUGGACAGAGGUUUACUUAGCGGAGUUUUAUUUCUAGACCUCAAAAAAGCUUUUGAUACUGUCGACCAUCAUAUUCUUUUAUCAAAGCUUGAAUUAUAUGGUAUUAAAGGAACUAGCCUGAAAUGGUUCGAAUCAUACGUUUCUGGUCGAAGCCAAAUAUGCUCUGUGAAUAGCAAGAUGUCAGCUGUUAGACAAAUAAAAUGCGGGAUACCUCAGGGCUCUAACCUUGGGCCUAUUUUAUUCCUAUUGUACAUAAAUGAUCUUCCUAACUGUUUAGAGACAACUAAAGCAAAUAUGAAAAAGAGUGAAUUUAUGAUAAUAGGAUCAAGACGUCGCUUAGCUUCAAUUGAAAAUAGCCCAGUACUAACAUUAGGGGGAAACAACAUUAAGCGAGUUUACCAAAAAAAGUCACUAGGCAUGAUCCUUGACGACCAGCUAAAAUGGAAUAAACAUAAUGAAAUGCAAUGUAAAACAAUUUCAAAUAAUAUCGCCCUGCUGAAAAGAGCAAAAUUGUUUGUCAAUAGAGAUAGUCUAAUAAAAAUCUACAAUGCCUUAGUGUGGCCUCAUUUCAAUUAUUGUUCAACAAUCUGGAAUGAUGGAUGUUGUUCGAUAAUUGAUAAAUUGUUUAUACUGCAGAAGAGAGCAGCGCGUGUGAUAACAGGGGACACAUACGAAGUUCGUUCCAUGCAAACGCUAGAUAGUCUUAAUUGGCUUCCAAUAGAAGAACUUCUAAAACAACGACAGUUAAUAAUGACAUUGAAAGUACUAACUGGUCGAUUACCUCGAUACCUUGAAAAAUUGUUUUCAGUAAGUCAAAAUGACAAUUACAAUCUAAGAAGCAAUCAAAUUAAAUUGAACCUACCCAAACCUAAGACAAAUUUUCUCAAACGAAGUUUCUCCUAUAGAGCUGCUAAGUCCUGGAACGAACUUCCAAGUGAAACUAUUGAAAAUUAUAACAAUCUUUCAAUUUUGUUGUUUAAACGGCAAUUACUUAAUUCAUCCGUAUCAAUUCAUUGUAAAUAGUUAUAUUCUUUUUGUCCUUUUUAUAUUAUUGUUGUAAACACACGGCCCUUUGAAAACCAGCGCUGUAAAUAUUAUCUGCUGAACAGGCUACCGUGUUUAAAUAAUUUUAUUAAAGAUUAAAGAUUAAAGACUAUCAAAGAAGCGUUGCCAACUUUCUUUAAGAUUCGAAGGAGUUUGACUCGGGCGCGAAGGUUCUUGAAUUUUUCUUGAAGGUAAUUGGAUGGAGAUCGAGCCAGUUUGCGCCGAACCGUUUCUUUUUUCUUCAGUAAAUGCCGAAUUUCACUGGUAAGCCAUGGGUCGUUUCGUCCAGAUUUUGCUCUUUUCAUCGGGACAAAGUCCGCAACAAUGUUCAGGAAUGCGUUUUUCCACAAGACCCAGGCUUGAUUGAUGUCUUCAACUUCCGAGGUCACGUCGGACAGAUUUUGCGAUUCAAUAGCAGAUCGUAGUCCGUGAAAAUCAGCAUUUUGAUAGUCGUAAACCAUUCUGUUCGUUUUCGGUGGUCUAGCAGGGUUGACUUUCAAUUUCCAACAAAAGGACGUUGUGGUCAGUGACUAUUCCAGAUGACUGUGGUGUAAGGACUUCUUUUACUUUUACUUUAUCAGGUAGACUUGUAAUUAACAGGUCCAGCACGUUGUUUCCUCUAGUAGGAGUUGUAUUUAUCUGAGAUAGUUGUGAAUGCGAGUUCGUGAGAAUAUCAACAGCUACAGUUUCAAGAUUGUGAUUUAUUUGAACGUCGCGAAUAGAUUUAAAAGUUUCGCUUUUUACUGCCACAAGUACACCGCCACCUCUGCUGUCUCGGUCUUUUCGGAAUAUUUCAUAGCGCUCGUUCAGUUCAAUCUCACUGUUUAGAAUAUCACUACUCAGCCAUGUUUCAUUCACACACACAAUGUCACUGUCCUCUGAAUAAACCAGAUCUUGAAAACGGUGGAUGUUAUUGUUUAUUUCCGUACCUUGUUUGUGUAGACUUUUUAAACUUCUAGCAUUAGUUAGAAGAUAUUUCAAAGGCAUUCUGGUAUUCAGAUUUGAAUUAAACCGACUAGGACCUGGGUUUGUCGCUAUGUCGCCAGCAAGGAGAAUAAGUAGCACAGCGUGA